CGGAGGCCAGUUGAUUUCGAUCUGUCGAGUGCGACGUACAGUCCUUAUUUAGUACGCUGCACCGUUCUCUUGCACAUUCAUUGCGUUCGAAAAUUUGCAAACUACAUCCACCGGAUUUACCAGUUAGUUCGAAAAUGUUCUUCGCGAGUGAAAUUAACUCGUAAUAACCUCUCAUAAAACUGUGUGUGACAUUCGUGUCCGAGCUAAAAGCGAACUAAAAAACUAAAUUAUAUAAAGUGGACAAGAGUAGAGAGAACAGAAAACGAAAGACUUCGAACAGUCUAUUCUUCUGUCUCGUGCACUCACUUUGUUGGUGGGUUGGUUGGAUCGAUAAAUAUACGGGGUGUGUGUACGUGCACUGUCCGUUCGACGGAUAAGCAGCCGCACGUUUCGAAGGUGUGCCCGAUCAAAUUUAAUCAACGACCCACAUUUUUUCAUCAACAACACGCUGGUGUCCGGCGAUAAAUUGAACAUUAACGCAUCGACUAAAGAAAACACUCACACGACAAUGAAGGCGAUGGUGGUGAGUCCAGUGGGCGGCAGAGUACCGCCAAGCCGAGGUAUCCUCCACAGUAGUAUCGGAAUCAACGGGACUCGUCGCGAUUUGGAAGCGGAAGAGGUGGCCGCCUAUCUGACGAAACUGAGAUCCUUGGUCCCUGACAUGCCCAGGAAACGGAAGUUAUCGAAGCUCGAAGUCAUACAGAGGGUGAUCGAAUACAUCUGUGAUCUUCAGACUACUCUCGAAGAGACGAACGUCCACCACGAGUCCAGUGUCGCGAAGACGACGCCGAGACAACCCCUUCAACCGCUACUGAACGCCACGACGACCAUUCCGACGACGACGACGACGUCAACGACCACGAUGACCGGUAUGGUCGCGGAACGGUGACCUGUCUCGGCGAACGAGCUCCAGUGAGGUCCAGGUCGCUGCAAGCUUGUGCUCGUGGACUGACGAGUCGGCCUCUGAAUUUCAACGUCGUGGCACUGUUCGUGUCUUUUUCGGGGAGUCGAAUCGAGAACUCAGGUCUUUGUAGCAACGUUUUGUUAGGGCGUUACUGCUGAAGUUUCGUGCUCAUCCUCGAAUGUAAUUUCUUGACGAUUCGAAGUCCAGAAGGAACCUGUGUCAGGUAUCGGCGGAGGAGAUAGAUUUUAAGCGUUUCAAAACCUGACAGGGGAAAGAUGCGUUCGACGUAGAAGAGAAAGGAAGUUUAAAGAGAAGCAGGAAUGAAAACGACGAUGAAGAAGAAGACCUUACGAAUCUAACCUCUUUCUUCGAGAAAAUGUAAAUACUUGUACAUAAACUCACCGCAUUCCUCGCACGAUCUCUCAUCUUAAUCAGCUCACUUCCUUUUAUCCUUUCCCUAUCCGAUUCUUGUAAUCCUGUCCUAAUCCGAGCUGCGUUAUACAUGUAUCGUUUCCCGAUAUCGUAACGACGGUUGCGCCCAUUUCUUUUUACGUCGAUUUUCCAUACUGUUCCAUCGCAAACUAGUAAAUUUUUUUACAUUUAAUUGGUUUCGAUCUUCCGUUACGAUCGGUUAAGGGCCUCGUUUUAAAAUCUUGUGAUAGACUCAUUUCCGGGAAACAUUAUUAUUGACACAAGUAAGGAUCAAAAUUAUGUUAAUAUAGAUAUGUAUAUCGCGCCCGACCAGUCGUAAAUGGUUCAUUUUCUUUCGUAGUCGCGUAGAAAAGAAAUGUUUAUCGUCAUGUUGAACAGAGUUUAUAUUAUUUGAACUCCCCUUGUAGAUAAUAAAGCGAAUUAUUUGUAUUAUGUUUAUUAUUACAUUAAUCACAAUGUCGAUACUAUAUUAUUAUUAUUACAUGAUUAUUAUCGUUGUUAUUGCUUUUCAUAUUAUAAUUUAGAGAUUUCUCCGUAACUAUUGUAUAUUCGCGAAGACUGAAAGGCUGUAAAGUGUAAGUAUAUUGUCGGGCGAGUACGCUCGUACGCGAAAUAAAUGCAAACUGUGUCCAUACGAUAUUA